ACUUCCCACAAGCUGCGGCAAGCUCGAGUGAGAGCAAACCAUGGCUGACGGAGAAGGCGAGGAUGAAAUUCAGUUUCUGCGAACUAACGAUGAGGUGGUCCUACAGUGUUCGGCCACGAUACACAAGGAGCAACAGAAACUCUGCCUGGCUGCUGAAGGCUUCGGAAACAGGCUGUGUUUCCUCGAAUCCAUCUCAAACUCCAAGAAUGUUCCUCCAGAUCUGUCCAUCUGUACUUUUGUCUUGGAGCAGUCACUGUCGGUUCGAGCUCUUCAGGAGAUGCUGGCUAGUACUGAAGAGAAGACUGGGGGAACAAUCCAAGGGGGUGGUCAUCGCACUUCGUUAUACGGCCACGCGAUACUUCUACGACACUCGUACAGUGGAAUGUACUUGUGUUGUCUAUCAACCUCGCGAUCAUCCACGGAUAAAUUAGCUUUUGAUGUGGGGCUGCAGGAGGACACCACAGGUGAGGCAUGCUGGUGGACCAUUCAUCCGGCAUCAAAGCAACGUUCUGAGGGGGAGAAGGUUAGGGUGGGGGAUGAUCUCAUCCUUGUCAGCAUCUCAUCGGAGAGAUAUCUGCAUCUAUCCUAUGGCAACCAGUGUCAAAAUGUCGACGCCGCUUUCCAGCAGACGCUCUGGAGCAUUACUCCAAUCUGUUCCGGUAGUGAAGUGGCACAAGGUUUCUUGAUAGGAGGGGAUGUCUUGCGCCUCCUUCAUGGUCACAUGGAUGAGUGUUUAACCGUUCCAUCAGAAGACCACGGGGAGGAGCAGAAGAGAACGGUGCAUUAUGAGGGCGGAGCAGUGUCCAGCCAUGCCAGGUCGCUGUGGAGGCUGGAGACACUGCGAGUUCUGUGGAGCGGUAGUCAUAUUCGCUGGGGUCAGCCGUUCAGACUGAGACAUGUGACAAGCGGGCGCUACCUAAGUCUGACGGAGAAAUCGUUACUCCUCAUGGAAAAAGACAAGGCCGAUGCCAAGUCGACCGCCUUUUGCUUCCGAUCUUCCAAGGAAAAGGUUGAGCUGGGUGUAAAAAAGGAAGUGGACGGAAUGGGGACCCCUGAUAUUAAGUACGGGGACUCCGUGUGUUACGUUCAACACGUUGACACCGGUCUGUGGCUCACCUACCAGACUGCCCAUGCAAAAUCUGCACGCAUUGGUGACAUUCAAAGAAAGGCCCUCAUGCACCAUGAGGGUCACAUGGACGACGGGCUGACAUUGUCCCGUUCUCAACACGAAGAAAGUCACACUGCCAGAGUCAUCCGCAGUACUGUCUUCUUAUUCAACCUGUUCAUCAGGAGUCUCGAUACAUUAAGAGCGAAAGGAAAGAGCGCAAGUUUCGAUAUCCCCAUUGACUCGAUCGGCCUGAGUCUCCAGGAUCUGAUCGGCUACUUCCAGCCACCUGAUGAUCACCUGGACCACGAAGACAAGCAGAAUCUUCUUCGAGCUUUGAAAAACAGGCAGAACCUCUUUCAAGAAGAGGGAAUGAUCUCCCUGGUCUUGGAGUGUAUCGAUCGACUCCACGCCUACAGCAGCGCGGCCCAUUUCACAGAAGCUGCUGGAAAGGAGGCAGGAGAGGCCUGGAGCUCCAGCCUUAACUCUCUCUACCAACUACUCGCUGCACUCAUCAGGGGUAACAGAAAGAACUGCGCUCAGUUUUCCCGUUCCUUAGACUGGCUCGUCAGCAGGCUGGAGAGGCUGGAGGCCUCCUCUGGCAUACUUGAGGUCCUUCAUUGUGUCCUGGUGGAGAGUCCCGAAGCACUCAAUCUUAUCAAAGAGGGUCAUAUCAAAUCCAUCAUUUCUCUUCUGGAUAAACACGGACGCAAUCACAAGGUUCUCGACGUGUUGUGUUCACUUUGCGUGUGUCACGGCGUGGCCGUCCGCUCAAACCAGCACUUGAUCUGCGACAAUUUACUCCCCGGGAGAGACUUGUUACUUCAGACACGCCUGAUCAAUUACGUAAGCAGCAUGUGCCCGAAUAUCUUCCUGGGUGUCAGUGAAGGUUCCGCGCAGUAUAAGAAGUGGUACUAUGAGCUGAUUGUAGACCAAGCGCUGCCGUUUGUCACCGCCGAGGCAUCUCACCUCAGAGUGGGCUGGGCCAACACCAACGGUUAUAUGCCGUGCCCCAGCGGCGGGGAGGUUUGGGGCGGCAAUGGAGUGGGCGAUGAUCUCUACUCCUUUGGGUUUGAUGGCCUCCAUCUUUGGACAGGUUGUAUCGCAAAGAGUGUUAACUCGCCCAAUCAGCACCUUCUGAAAGCAGACGACGUGGUGAGCUGCUGCUUGGACCUCAGCGUGCCCAGUAUCUCCUUCAGGAUCAACGGCCAACCGGUUCAGGGCAUGUUUGAGAACUUCAACUCUGAUGGGCUUUUUUUCCCGGUGGCCAGCUUCUCCGCUGGAGUUAAGCUUCGUUUCCUUCUCGGGGGUCGCCACGGAGAGUUUAAGUUCCUCCCUCCUCCAGGUUACGCUCCUUGCUUUGAGGCCGUAUUGCCCAGAGAAAAACUGAAACUGGAGCCCAGUCAACACCAGACUGCAGCCAGAGACCUUCUGGGGCCCACUAUCACAAUGAGCCAGGCAGCAUUCACGCCGAUGCCUGUGAACACCAGUCAGAUUGUUUUGCCAUUUCACUUAGAGAAGAUCAAGGAGAAACUUGCAGAAAACAUCCACGAGCUGUGGGUGAUGAACAAGAUUGAAAUUGGCUGGACUUAUGGCGUCGUACGAGACGACACCAAACGGCAACACCCAUGCCUGGUGGAGUUUUCGAAAUUACCGGAACAGGAACGAAGUUACAAUUUACAGAUGUCGGUGGAAACUCUGAAAACUCUCCUUGCUUUGGGGUGCCAUGUUGGUCUUGCAGAUGAACAUGCUGUGGAGAAAGUCAAAAGUUUAAAACUGUCUUCAAGCUAUGAGUUGUCUAGUGGUUACAAACCUGCUCCCCUGGACCUCUGUCACAUCAAAUUGACCUCCACUCAGGAAGCCAUGGUGGACAAAUUGGCUGAAAAUGCACACAACGUCUGGGCCAGAGACCGCAUCCGUCAGGGUUGGACCUAUGGCAUUCAACAGGAUGUGAAGAGUCGGCGAAAUCCUCGUCUGGUGCCCUAUAGUCUCUUGGAUGAGAGAACCAAGAAGUCAAACAAAGACAGUUUGAGAGAAGCUGUCAGAACUCUGCUUGGCUAUGGAUACAACUUGGAAGCUCCUGACCAGGACCACACUCUCUUUGACCAUAGCAAUAUGUCUGCUGAAAGGUUCCGGAUUUUCCGAGCUGAACGAUCCUAUUGCGUGAAUGCCGGGAAAUGGUACUUUGAGCUUGAGGUAUUGACUGCUGGAGAGAUGAGGGUUGGCUGGGCAAAACCGGGAUGUCUGCCAGAUCUGGAAUUGGGUUCGGAUGAACAGGCCUUUGUCUUUGACGGAUUCAAGGUUCAACGCUGGCAUCAGGGCAACGAGCACUUUGGACGCGCCUGGCAGGCAGGUGAUGUUGUCGGCUGUAUGGUGGACUUGAACGAACACACCAUGAUGUUCACCCUUAACGGAGAAAUACUGCUCGAUGACUCUGGAUCGGAACUGGCUUUCAAAGACUUUGACGUUGGUGAAGGUUUCAUCCCAGUGUGCAGUUUGGGCGUAGGCCAAGCUGGGAGGAUUGACUUUGGUAAACAUGUCAGCACCCUGAAAUACUUCACCAUAUGUGGUCUGCAGGAAGGCUAUGAACCCUUUGCUGUCAACAUGAACCGUGAUGUCACUCUAUGGCUCAGUAAAAGGCUCCCCCAGUUUGUCCCUAUACCUCCUGACCACCAACAUAUCGAGGUGACAAGAAUAGAUGGAACGGUGGAUUCGUGUCCUUGUCUGAAGGUCACGCAAAAGUCAUUUAGUUCACAAAACAGCAACACGGAUAUUACCUUCUACAGACUGAGCAUGCCCAUUGAAUGCGCCGAAUCCUUCUCCAAACCUCCGUCGUCCUCUGACCUCUUGUCACUUAAGACGGAUCUCGAAGACUUUGAAAGGGAUUUUGAGGUCCUUGUGAAAACACCUCAUGGCCACAAUGGUCCAAGUGGUCCAGACAGAGGUGAAUUCAACAACCACAAAGAUUACCACCAAGAGAAAAGCUCCAAACUCAAACCAAGCAGGUUUUUGUUAAAGAAGAAUAAAGCAGACAACCUUUAUCGCACCCCUCCCUGUCCAUCAGAAGACGUGAUGGUUGAUGACAGGAACGAAUACGAAGUACUCAUGCAAGCAUCGACUCACUCGUAUUCCGUGAGGAUCUUCCCUGGCCAGGAGCCCAGCAACGUGUGGGUGGGCUGGGUCACCUCUGACUUCCAUCAGUACGAACCUGGCUUUGGGUUGGACAAGGUCCAAACUGUAACCGUGACUUUGGGAGAUGAGAAAGGCAAAGUUCACGAGAGUAUAAAGCGCAGUAACUGUUACAUGGUGUGGGCUGGAGAGAGCAGCAGUCCCGAAGGAAGGAAUAACAACGGUUUAGAAAUUGGAUGUUUGCUUGACACGGCAAACGGACUGCUCUCCUUUACCGCUAACGGCAAAGAGCUCAGCACCUACUACCAGUUGGAGCCCAGUACCAAACUCUUCCCAGCCGUCUUUGCCAAGGCGACCAGUCCCAACGUGUUCCAGUUUGAACUGGGGCAAAUGAAGAAUGUGAUGCCUCUGUCGGCUGGUUUAUUUAAAAGCGAGAGGAAGAACUCCGUCCCUCAAUGUCCUCCGAGGCUGCACGUCCAAUUUCUCGCCCCUGUAUUAUGGAGUCGUGUUCCCAACGACUAUCCCAAGGUGUCCGUAUCCCGAGCGAACGACCGACACGGCUGGCUGGUCCAAUGUCAUGAAGCGUUACAGUUUUUCUCUCUGCACAUCCCUGAAGAGAACAGGUCGCUGGAUGUCUUGGAGCUGACGGAGAGGAGGGAUCUAUUAAAGUUUCACUACCAUACCCUCCGAUUGUAUUCUGCAAUCUGCGCGUUGGGGAACAACCGGGUCGCUCAUGCGCUUUGCUCCCACGUGGAUGAGGCGCAGCUUCUGCACGCCAUCGAGAGUCAAUACAUGCCAGGUUUGCUCCGCGCAGGCUACUACGACCUCUUGAUCGACAUCCACCUGAGCGAUUACGCAACCGCUCGUCUCAUGAUGAACAACGAGUACAUUGUCCCGAUGACCGGCGAGACCAAGAGUAUCACCCUUUUUCCCAACGAGGAAAAGAAACACGGCGUGCCCGGCAUCGGGCUCAGCACUUCCCUCAGACCAAGGAUGCAAUUCACAUCGCCGAGUUUUGUCAGCGGUUCGGGAUCGGCACAAUUUACCAUGGAGUCUUGCCAGCACAGCCCGGAAUUCCCCUUGGACGUAUUAAAAAGCAAAACGGUUGAGAUGCUGACUGAGGCAGUGUGUGAGGGAAACAUGCACGUGAGAGAUCCCAUCGGAGGCAGCACCGAAUUUCUCUUUGUGCCGCUCAUUAAGCUUUUUUACACCAUGCUCAUCAUGGGGGUUUUCCAAAACGGAGAUCUGAAGAAGAUCCUGCGACUCAUCGAGCCGUCCGUGUUCUCGGAGAAAUCCGAGGAGGAAACGCGGAAGAAGUUGGGAAAUGAGGAAGGAAAAGGAGAUGAAGGGCAAAGCAUACCCAAGGAGGCAUUGUUGCAAAUGAAACUACCAGAACCUGUCAAACUUCAGAUGUGCCACGUUCUUCAGUACCUGUGCGACUGCCAGGUGCGUCAUCGUAUCGAAGCAGUCGUGGCCUUUUCUGACGAUUUCGUCGCCUGUCUCCAAGAAAACCAGCGCUUUCGCUACAAUGAAGUCAUGCUGGCGCUCAACAUGUCCGCUGCUCUCACCGCCAAAAAGACCAAGGAGUUCCGUUCGCCACCUCAGGAGCAGAUCAAUAUGUUGCUGAACUUCAAGAAGGAGAUGCAAGAGUGCCCCUGUCCCCAAUAUAUCCGAGAACAGCUGCUGGACUUCCAUGAGGACCUCAUGAAACACUGUGGAAUCGAAAUCAGCGAAGACGGCUCUUUAGACGGAGACGGUAAUUUCAACUUUCGAGGUCGACUCAUGUCCUUGGUGGAAAAAGUGUCUUACCUGAAGAACAAGAUUGUCAACCCGCCAAAGGAAAACACCGAUCGAAAACCCGGUACUUUACAGCAGUUGAUUUCAGAGACCAUGGUCCGGUGGGCUCAGGAAUCUGUCAUCGAGGAUCCAGAGCUCGUCAGAGCCAUGUUUGUCCUGUUGCACCGACAGUAUGACGGCAUUGGAGGACAGGUUCGGGCUCUCCCCAAGACUUACACAAUCAACUCCGUAUCAAUCGAGGACACCAUCAACCUGCUCGCUGCCCUUGGCCAGAUAAGAUCGUUGCUGAGUGUAAGAAUGGGAAGAGAAGAGGAGAAGCUGAUGAUAAGGGGACUGGGUGAUAUUAUGAACAAUAAAGUGUUCUACCAGCAUCCUAACUUGAUGAGAGCGUUGGGGAUGCAUGAGACCGUCAUGGAGGUCAUGGUGAAUGUACUCAGCGGAGGAGUUUCAAAGGAAAUCACCUUUCCUAAAAUGGUGGCCAACUGUUGCCGUUUCCUUUGCUACUUCUGUCGAAUCAGCCGUCAAAACCAGAAAGCCAUGUUUGAUCAUCUCAGCUACUUGCUGGAGAACAGCAGCGUUGGCCUUGCAUCUCCAUCCAUGCGAGGAGCCACCCCUCUUGAUGUGGCUGCUGCAUCAGUGAUGGACAACAAUGAGUUGGCACUCGCUUUGAGAGAGCCAGAUUUGGAGAAGGUGGUUCAGUAUCUCGCCGGCUGCGGUCUGCAGAGCUGCACCAUGCUGGUGUGUAAAGGAUAUCCCGACAUUGGCUGGAACCCCGUGGAAGGAGAACGCUACCUUGACUUUUUGCGUUUUGCCGUUUUUUGCAAUGGUGAAAGUGUGGAAGAGAACGCCAACGUCGUGGUGAGACUUCUCAUCCGCCGACCGGAAUGUUUUGGCCCAGCGCUUCGGGGAGAAGGCGGUGAUGGAUUGUUGGCCACAAUGGAAGAAGCAAUUAAGAUUUCCCUCGAUCCUUUACGAGAUGGUCCUUCCUUGGCAUCAGAAAGCAGCAAUAUUCCUAAUGACGGGCGACAGGAAGAAGACGAUACCAUCCACUUGGGGAAUGCCAUCAUGACCUUCUAUGCAGCUCUCAUUGACCUGCUGGGACGUUGUGGUCCGGAGAUGCAUUUGAUACAUGCCGGUAAAGGCGAAGCGAUCCGCAUCAGAGCAAUUUUAAGGUCUCUCAUUCCCAUCGAAGAUCUCGUGGGGGUCAUCUGCAUCCCGUUCUCUAUGCCGAGCCUGGGAAAGGAUGGGCUGGUGUCGGAGCCGGACAUGUCAGCUGGCUUCUGUCCGGAUCAUAAAGCGGCCAUGGUGUUGUUUUUGGACCGGGUCUAUGGUGUACAAGAGCAGAAUUUCCUCCUUCAUCUGCUGGAAGUUGGCUUCUUACCAGACCUCAGAGCUGCAGCUUCAUUGGACACUGCAGCUCUUAGUGCCACAGAUAUGGCUCUUGCCCUCAACAGGUAUCUCUGCACAGCGGUACUACCACUUCUGACCAAAUGCGCACCGCUGUUUGCGGGGACGGAGCCGUUUGCGUCACUCAUCGAUUCCCUCCUCCAUACGGUUUACCGUCUAUCCAAAGGCUGCUGCCUUACCAAAGCUCAGAGAGAUUCCAUUGAAGAUUGCCUUCUAGCGGUUUGUGGCAAACUAAGGCCUUCAAUGAUGCAGCAUCUCCUGAGGAGGCUCGUGUUUGACAUUCCCUUGCUGAAUGAACAUACCAAGAUGCCUUUGAAGCUUUUGACCAAUCACUAUGAGCGUUGUUGGAAGUACUACUGCCUGACUGCAGGCUGGGGCGGUUUUGGUGUUGCAUCUGAUGAAGAACUUCACCUUUCCAGGAAAUUAUUCUGGGGAAUAUUUGACGCUCUCUCUCAUAAACCAUAUGACCAGGAGCUGUUUAAGAUUGCGUUGUCAUGCCUUAACGCGGUGGGAGGAGCUCUUCCUCCAGAUUAUAUGGAGUCCAAUUACAUGGCCAUGAUGGACAAACAAUCAUCUCUGGACUCUGAAGGAAACUUCACUCCACAACCUGCAGACACUGCCAAUGUAACAGUACCAGAAAAUUUGGACAUUUUCAUAGCCAGAUACGCAGAACAUAACCAUGAGAAGUGGUGUUUCGAAAAGUUAUCCACUGGCUGGUCAUACGGGGAAAAUGCAUGUGAAAUAUCCAGGAGCCACAAUUUAUUAAAGGCAUUUAAAGCACUCUCUGAUAAGGAUAAAGAGUUCUACUGUUUGCCAAUCAGAGAGUGUCUAAAGACCAUGCUUUCUUGGGGAUGGAGCAUCAACAGGAUACGAGAAAGUGACACUGCCAACCUCCAUAACAAAUCCAGGAGGAUAUCGCUGGCCAGCCAGCCGUCCUUGGAAGGAGCUCAGAGUUUCAAUCCCAGACCCAUUGAUAUGAGCAAUGUUACAUUGUCCAGGGACACACAGUCAAUGGCAGAGCUGCUCGCUGAGAACUAUCACAACAUCUGGGCCAAGAAAAAGAAAAUUGAGCUUGAAGCCAAAGGUGGAGGAACUCACCCCUUAUUGGUUCCCUUCGAUACACUGACUGCCAAAGAGAAAUUAAAAGACAGACAAAAAGCACAGGAUAUCCUCAAGUUCCUCCAGAUCAAUGGUUACACUGUGUCAAGAGGUGUGAAGUCGCAGGAGUUGGACUCGCCGGCCACCGAGAAACGAUUUGCUUACACGUUCCUUUUGCAACUCAUCAAAAACGUCGACCAGGCCCACGAGCACAUGAUGAAGUUUGACGUAACGAGAACAAGACAAAAGGGAGUAAAGAGUCCUCAGGAACAACAGAUGAAGUUCUUUGGAAAGGUUGUCUUGCCAUUGGUGGAUCAAUACUUCAAAAACCACCGGAUGUACUUCCUAUCUACAUCCAUCCAUCCCAUAAGCAGUGGUGGGCAUGCCUCCAACAAGGAGAAAGAGAUGGUAACAAGUCUUUUCUGCAAACUGGGAGUACUUGUCAGAAAUAGGAUAUCCUUAUUUGGUAAUAAUGCCACAUCCAUAGUAAACUGUUUGCAGAUAUUGGGACAAAGUCUGGAUGCCAGAACGGUGAUGAAGACAGGCUUGGAUUCGGUCAAGACGGCACUUCAGUCCUACUUCGACAGUGCGGCGGAAGCUUUGGAGAAGACUCGAGAGAACUUAAAACUUGGUCAAUUUACUCACAGCAAAGAACAGCCCAGAGGCGUCCCUCAAAUCAUCAACUAUACCACCUUUGGCCUCCUUCCCAUCUUGUCUUCCUUGUUUGAACACAUUGGAAAGAAUCAUUUUGGAGAAGAUCUCAUCUUGGAUGAGGUCCAGGUUUCCUGCUACCGAAUCCUCAACAGUCUCUACUUUCUGGGAACCAAUGAAAGCAUAUUUGUAGAGAGACAUCGUCCGGCGUUAGGAAAAUGUCUGGCUGCUUUCUCGGCGGCCUUCCCAGUCGCCUUCCUCGAACCUCACGUUGACCAUUUCAACAACUUCUCAAUCUACAACAACAAAAGACCGAAAGACAGAAAUGAUCACGGUCUGCCGGGCCAGGUCGUCGACAUUUGUCCAACGAUUCCAAAUUUGGAGAAGUUACUGGAAGAAAUCAUCGAGGUGGCAGAGUCUGGAAUUAAAUAUACUCAAAUGCCUCACGUCAUGGAGGUGGUUCUACCAGUUUUGUGCAGCUACAUGUCUCACUGGUGGGAAGACGGACCAGAGAACAACCCGGAUCAAGCCGACAGCUGUUGUACAUCUGUGACCUCUGAACAUAUGAAUAUAUUACUGGGAAACAUCUUGAAGAUCAUCUACAACAAUUUAGGGAUCGACGAGGGCGCUUGGAUGAAAAGACUUGCUGUGUUUUCUCAACCAAUCAUCAGCAAGGCCAAAUCGCAGUUGCUCAAGACGCACUUUCUGCCUCUGAUGAAGAAACUCCGAAAAAAAGCAGCCGUCGUACUCGCGGACGAGGAGCAGAGCAAGGCAGAGGGGAGGGGUGAGAUCUCAGAAACCGAGCUUCUCAUCAUGGACCAAUUCUCAGUUCUCGUCAGAGACAUCUACGCUUUUUAUCCUCUUCUCAUACGAUUUGUCGACUACAACAGGGCCACGUGGUUGAAGGAGUCCAAUCCAGAAGCGGAAGUGUUAUUCCACAUGGUGGCUGAAGUUUUCAUCUUCUGGGCCAAGUCUCACAACUUCAAGAGAGAAGAACAGAAUUUUGUGGUUCAGAAUGAAAUCAACAACAUGUCUUUCCUCAUCUCAGAUUCCAAUUCUAAGAUGUCAAAGGGAAUCGUUUCAUACCAGGAGAGAAAGAAGUUGAGGAGAAAGGGAGAGCGAUACUCAAUGCAGACCAGUCUGAUCGUGGCAGCUCUCAAGCGACUGCUGCCUGUCGGACUUAACGUUUGUGUUCCCGGUGAACAAGAGCUCAUUGCUCUCGCCAAGAACCGAUUCUCACAGAAAGAUACCGAGGAUGAAGUGCGUCAAGUCAUUCGAAACAACCUCCAUCUCCAAGGAAAGUUACAGGACCCGGCGACUCGCUGGCAAAGAGCCCUGUACAGAGACAUUCUGAAUCACUCUGAUAACACCUUUGACCCCGAGAAGAAUGUGGACAGAGUGCUGGACAUGGCUCAUGUCCUCUUCCACCUCGACCAGGUGGAGCAUCCUCAGCGCAGUAAAAAGGCCGUGUGGCAUAAAUUACUGUCCAAACAGAGAAAGAGAGCUGUCGUUGCUUGCUUCAGGAUGGCUCCUCUCUACAAUCUGCCCAGGCAUCGAGCUGUCAACUUGUUUCUUCAGGGCUAUGAGAAAUCCUGGAUUGAGGCGGAAGAACAUUUUUUUGAGGAUAAACUCAUAGAGGAUCUUGCUAAAUCAGGUGAACAAGAGCCAUUCGAAGAGGUGGAGGGAACGAAACGCUUUGACCCGCUACACCAGCUCAUCCAGCUUUUCAGUCGAACGGCCCUUACCGAGAAGUGUAAACUGGAUGAAGAUCAUCUCUACAUGGCUUACGCAGAUAUCAUGGCCAAGAGCUGCCAUGAUGAAGAAGAUGAAGAUGGGGAGGAAGUGAAAAGUUUUGAAGAGAAGGAGAUGGAAAAGCAGAGGCUGUUAUACCAGCAGGAAAGGCUGCAUGAUCGCGGAGCUGCCGAAAUGGUACUUCAGACCAUUAGUGCCAGUAAAGGUGAGAUGGGUCCCAUGGUUGCCUCAACUCUAAAACUGGGCAUUGCAAUUCUCAAUGGAGGAAACUCCACUGUACAACUGAAAAUGCUGGAUUAUCUGAAGAACAGGAAGGACGUGGGCUUCUUUCAGAGUCUUGCUGGACUCAUGCAGUUGUGCAGUGUUCUCGAUCUAAAUGCAUUUGAGAGACAGAACAAAGCAGAAGGACUCGGGAUGAUCACUGAGGAGGGAUCCGGUGAGAAGGUUAUGCAGGAUGAUAAGUUCACCUGUGACCUCUUCCGCUUCCUUCAGCUUCUCUGCGAAGGACACAACUCGGGUAUUUUUUUUUUUCAAACGAGCAAUCUGACACCUGUAGAAUAUAAUAAUAAUAAUAAUAUGGUGGAAAUGGACAUCCCUUCCUUCAUUGCAGAUUUCCAAAACUAUUUAAGGACUCAAACAGGGAACAAUACAACUGUCAACAUCAUCAUCUCAACUGUUGACUACCUCCUCAGAGUUCAGGAGUCGAUCAGUGAUUUCUACUGGUAUUACUCGGGCAAAGAUGUGAUUGAUGAGCAAGGCCAAAGGAACUUCUCAAAGGCUAUUCAUGUUGCCAAGCAGGUUUUCAACACACUCACAGAGUAUAUCCAGGGUCCAUGUACCGGCAAUCAGCAGAGUUUGGCACACAGUCGUCUGUGGGAUGCUGUGGUUGGCUUUCUGCACGUCUUUGCUCAUAUGCAGAUGAAAUUGUCUCAGGACUCGAGUCAGAUUGAGUUACUGAAGGAAUUGAUGGACCUUCAGAAAGACAUGGUGGUCAUGCUACUUUCAAUGAUGGAGGGCAAUGUGGUUAACGGGACGAUCGGAAAGCAGAUGGUGGACAUGCUGGUGGAAUCGUCAAACAAUGUGGAAAUGAUUUUGAAGUUCUUUGAUAUGUUCCUCAAGCUGAAAGAUGUCACCUCUUCAGAAGCCUUUAAAGAGUACGACCCUGAUGGGAAAGGUGUCAUAUCCAAGAGGGACUUCCAGAAGGCAAUGGAGAACCAUAAGCACUAUACCCAGUCUGAGACUGAGUUUCUUCUCUCAUGUGCUGAAACGGAUGAAAAUGAACUCCUGGACUAUGAGGAAUUUGUGGAGCGCUUUCAUGAACCAGCCAAGGACAUCGGCUUCAAUGUGGCGGUGCUGUUGACCAACUUGUCGGAGCACAUGCCUCAUGACAACCGACUGCACACCUUUCUGGAGCUGGCAGAGAGCGUUCUCAACUACUUCCAACCCUACCUGGGUAGGAUCGAGAUCAUGGGCAGUGCCAAGCGUAUCGAGAGGGUCUACUUUGAGAUCAGCGAGUCCAGCCGGACACAGUGGGAGAAACCGCAGGUUAAGGAAUCCAAGCGCCAGUUCAUCUUUGACGUGGUCAACGAAGGAGGCGAGAAGGAAAAAAUGGAAUUGUUUGUGAAUUUCUGCGAGGACACCAUCUUUGAAAUGCAACUGGCCGCUCGGAUGUCCGACACCGGGGAGCGCUCGGCGGUGAAAGACGACAGCGAGCAAGGCAGAACGGAUGUGGAAAAUCCCGAGAGCAGCUUCUUUUCCGUUACCACGCUUCACAUGGCGCUCGUAGCGCUGCGGUUCAAUGUCAUCCUAUUGAUUAAGGUGCUGUCCAUGAAGAGUUUGAAGAAGAAAAUGAAGAAGAUCAAAAGCAUGACGUCCAAAGACAUGCUCAGCACCCUGCUUUCAUUCUACCUGUCUGUACUCCAAGGCCUCCUUCACAUGGUCUUCAGUGUGUUUCGAGGAUUUUGCAGGAUUUUAUACAAUAGUAUAUUUGGAGCCAAUCAGGUUGAUGGCACCAAGAGCAUAAAGGUGUCUGAGCUACUGGCCAACAUGCCCGACCCGACCCAGGAUGCAAUCAGACUGGAGGGGGAAGACAAAGAAAGAAAAUCCUAUGACAGAAGCUCGGUGAACGAGGACCUGGCAUACUUGGCUGUCAAUACCAGCGAGUCGGAGGUGCUGUCGGACAUUUUCGGCUUGGACCUACGGAGAGAGGGAGGACAAUAUAAACUCAGUCCCCACAACCCUAACGCCAGUCUCACGGAAAUGCUCAAUUCCCCACUUCCUUCCCCGCCACCUUCUGAGCCCAGACAGAGGCAACAGUUGAACAGCUCUUCUUUGGAUGAAGAGAAGGAAGCAAGACCGGUGAAUCCAUGUGAGAUAAAGAAAAAGAGUGAAGAGAAACAGGAGAAGAAUGAGAAGGUGAAGGCAAAAGUGAAAAGGCGUAGGAUCUGUAAGGAUGAACCUGAUUUGCAGGAGUCGGUGGUCUCAAAGAAGAUUGUUGCGUAUCAGCGGAAAGUCCUGAACUAUUUUGCGAGGAACUUCUACAACAUGAGGAUGCUCGCUCUAUUUGUUGCAUUUGCCAUCAACUUCAUUCUCCUAUUCUACAAGGUUUCCACAUCGUCAUCCGCGGCCGAGGAAGUCAUCUCAAGCAAUCAAGCAGACGGCUCCAUUCAGUGGGAUCCACUGGGCGGCGAGCCCAUGGUCGAAAUCAAAGACGGGUUGACGGAGGACCCGAAAGAGCCCUUGAAAUUAGCCAUGGUCCAUUUUGUUUUGGAAGAGGGCAGCGGAUACAUGGAGCCGACGCUGCGGAUCUUGGCUAUCCUUCACACGGUCAUCUCUUUCUUCUGCAUCAUCGGAUAUUACUGUCUCAAGGUUCCACUGGUGAUCUUUAAACGCGAAAAGGAGGUAGCCAGGAAGUUGGAGUUUGAUGGCCUUUACAUAACAGAGCAACCAUCCGAGGACGAUAUCAAAGGACAGUGGGACCGAUUGGUUAUUAACACACAAUCUUUCCCCAACAACUACUGGGAUAAGUUUGUGAAGCGAAAGGUGAUGGAUAAAUACGGAGAAUUUUAUGGUCAUGACAGGAUCAGUGAACUUCUGGGAUUGGACAAGGCUGCCCUGGCCUUCAGUGAUGCUCAUAAAAAAAGGAAGCCCAGAAAAGACAGCUACCUGGCAGCUGUGCUGAACUCCAUUGACGUCAAGUACCAAAUCUGGAAGUUGGGCGUGGUGUUCACUGACAAUUCGUUCCUGUAUCUGGCCUGGUACAUGACCAUGUCUGUCCUGGGUCACUACAACAACUUUUUCUUUGCUGCACAUCUGCUCGACAUCGCAAUGGGGUUCAAGACACUCCGGACUAUCCUGUCUUCAGUAACGCACAACGGCAAACAGUUGGUGUUAACGGUCGGCCUAUUAGCAGUGGUGGUGUAUUUGUACACGGUCGUAGCCUUCAACUUCUUCCGAAAGUUCUACAACAAGAGUGAAGAUGGAGAAUUACCUGACAUGAAAUGUGACGACAUGUUGACGUGCUACAUGUUCCACAUGUAUGUAGGCGUGCGAGCAGGGGGGGGCAUCGGUGACCAGAUUGAGGACCCCGCAGGAGACGAAUACGAGAUCUAUCGCAUCAUAUUUGACAUCACCUUCUUCUUCUUUGUCAUUGUAAUCCUGCUGGCCAUCAUCCAAGGUUUAAUCAUUGACGCUUUUGGAGAACUGCGGGAUCAGCAAGAACAAGUGAAAGAGGACAUGGAGACAAAGUGUUUUAUCUGCGGGAUAGGCAAUGACUACUUCGACACGGUGCCGCACGGCUUCGAAACGCACACUCUGCAGGAGCACAACUUGGCCAAUUACCUAUUCUUUGUGAUGUAUCUUAUCAACAAAGAUGAAACCGAGCACACAGGACAGGAAUCUUAUGUUUGGAAGAUGUACCAGGAACGUUGUUGGGAGUUCUUCCCGGCCGGAGAUUGUUUCCGCAAACAGUAUGAAGAUCAGCUGAACUGAUCUGUCUGCGGAGUUCUUCUCCCUUCCCGUGGUUCCUUGCAUGUGUUCCGAACCACAAGAGUAUGCCUGGAAACACUCCCCCAUACAAAAUGGCUUCUUAAAAAGUGACUUUCAUCCAAGAUCUUCCUAAUUCAGUAGGUCACCUUGAUGACUCUGCCCCACCUUGCAGCACACUUGUUUCGGGAUAUUUUGUGGACGUGGAAAUGAUACGAUGAUACCGGCUCACCAAAAAGUUUGGAUACAUGCUAAAAAAAUGUAAUUUUUAUUUAAUGCGCUUUGCAAUAUUCAGCAGAAGUUGAUGUAUCCAGACUUUAUGGACGCAUCAUGUAAAAUCAAACUAUUGGCAUGAUGAGUCAUUCUUUUUCUUGUAUUUGACAAAACAGUAGCAGAAAAAAGAAGAAAGUGGUUUGAUGGUGGUACACUGCAAGCUGCUGCAAUAUACUUGUCUGUUUUAUAAACCAUUUUUUGUUACCACUGUCGAAAAUGUGACCUUGGAGAUUCUUGCCUGCAAUACAGUGGGAAGACAAUGUGCCUGAAGAUGAAUCCUUUUCUAAUAUUUAACAAGGGAGUAUUUUAAUGCUUUGAAUUGGAGAUGUUAUGAUGAUGUCCACAAUCUGCACAUGUCAUUAUUGUGUGUGUGUGUGUGUGUGUGUGAGUGUGAGCGUGAAGAAGGCUGUAAAUUUGCUUGCCAACAUGAUGUCGGAUGAUGCUCUACCGAAUCGUCCUUAUUUAUGCUUGUUCUUUCAUUUGCUUCUUUUCAAGGCUACACAAAUAAACAAUUGUGAAGUUUGAA